AUGGUAGACGACUCGCAUCAUGCUCUCAUAACUUUAUUCGGAUCUGGAAUUCGAAGUGUGUUCAAACCAUGUAAGGGGCACAGAAGCUGGGUAUCGUCUGUUGCUUGGUCACAAGACAACAACCGACUGGCACCAUCCUCUGAUGAUAACACAAUUAAAAUCUGGGAAGUUAGUAGCCAUUUCCCCCCAACCCUCGAGGGACGCAGUGGUCCGUUUGAUUAUAUUACUUGGUCGGAAGAUAAAAGUCGACUUGCUGCAUCAUGCCAAGAUUGGACUAUAAAAUUAUGGAAUCCGACCACCGGCCAAUCUACUUCGACCCUCAAGGGGCAUAAAUCCUGGGAUGAGACAAUAAAGAUUUGGGAUCAGACUACUGGCCAAUGUAGAUUGAGCCUUGAAGGACAUUCUCGAGGAGUCAGCUCUAUUGCUUGGACACAAGACGGAAAACGACUCGCAUCAGCUUCAUGUGAUCAAACGAUAAUGAUCUGGGAUCCAGCUACUGGCCAGUGUCUGGUAGUUCUUAGGGGACAUUGGGCCUGGGUCAGCUUGAUCGCCUGGUCAAAAGAUGAUGGCCGACUCGCCUCAGCCUCCACUGACAAGUCUGUUAGCAUCUGGAAUCCGGCUACGGGCAGGUGUGACUUGGUAUUGAAAGGGCAUACAGAACCUGUCGAUGUGGUUGCCUGGUCGCAAGACAACAGCCGUCUUGAAUCAGGCUCAUCCGAUGCAACAGCCAGGAUCUGGGAUGCGGUCACUGGUCAGUCUGUUAAAGUCUUAGAACAUAAAGAUGCUGUCAAAUCGGUUACGUGGUCUCUUCGAAUCGCAUCGGCAUCCGUGGAUGAGACGGUCAAGAUCUGGGAUCCGGCCACCGGCCAAUGCACCUCAUUUCUCUCUAUCAACUCCCCUUACUUCCUGAGAUAUUAUGAAUUUCGUCCUAAUCUUCUUCAGACCAGGUGCGGGAUAGUUGAGAUAGAGUCUGACUAUUCGUCAAAAAAAUGUGGGUAUGGGAUGAAUAAAGACUGUCCCUGGAUAACUCACUUGCUUUCAGAAUGUUUCAUCCGGGACAGUUAUUGCAAUCAACUGUGCAUCUGGUCAAAUCAUAUUCCUUUCAUUCUCGAAAAUCAAUUUCCUUUGUGA